CAAUCUAGGAACUCCGCAGACUCAUGUCAUCCCUAGUUGUUGCAAAUUGACUUGUAAAGAGAAAAAAAAUUAAAAAUUAUAUACAUAUUGCAACAAAGAAAACACAACAUACAUCGCAAAAUAGAAUGAGUGCAAAAGUAUUAUUAUUCGCCUGCUCCAAAUGUUUUUCUCGUCAUCCAUACGAAGAACUUUCGUCGGGUCAGCAGCUAUGCAAGGGCUGCCGCGGAUCUACCUCAGUUGUUAAAUGUACUUACUGCCGCUCGGAGUUUCAACCCGCCACCAAAUCACAGAGUGCCUGUAAAAAGUGUGAACAUUAUUUGGCCAAGUAUGGCAAGCCGAAUCCUUGUGAAUGUUGUAAGAUUGUCGCCGCCUUUGGCAGCUCCAAAUGCAUGAGAUGCGCCAGCUAUGAGGCAAAAUAUGGACCGCCCGUGCAAUGUGAUGAGUGCAAGCUGCGAUCAGCCUUUGACAGGCGCGACGAGAACAAAAAGGUAAAUGGCAAACUGCUUUGCUGGCUGUGUACCUGCGCAUAUAAGCGCGCCCUGCUGAAGGCCCAGCAGGAAGGCCGAAUACCUAUGACCAAAAAACGACCACAUGAAAAAUCCUCCUCCACGCACCGAGACAGUUCGAAUGCAGCCAAAAAACCAACGCGCAACGAACUGGGCAAAGGUCAAGCCGGAAAUGCCGCAGUUAGCGGUGCUGGAUUGGAUUUGCCCGAGAAGAUUUCAGUAUCCACACGGGGGCAGGGUGGAGGCAGUGGUAAUGGCACAAUAGCUGCUCCAGCUGCCAUUAAUGUCGAUACCAAUUCAUCAGAUCACGUGGUUGCCAUUACAUAUUUAAAGGAACGUAUUGCCAGUCUGGAAAAACGUUUAAAUCAAAAAGACAAAGAGCUGCUCGAGAAGGAUAAACAGUUAACCGAAUUGAAAGGCAAAAAUUUUGAAAAGGAAAAUGACAUGCGCAACCGUAUGAAGGACGUAGAACGAUUGCACGACAUGAAGGUUGAUAAUUUGAAUCGUAAAGUAGCAAGCCUAUUAAAAGACCUCGCUACUCUCAAAAAAAGCAACAGCAAUAAUAGCAAGAAGCAGAGCAAGUCGGACAUAAAGGAAUCUAAACGUGAAGCCGCAAACUUAUCGCCAAAGGAGGAUUCGGAGAAGUCAACUGAUAAGCUGAUCAGCAACAAUAACAAGACACCAACCUCGGGGGCAGGAUCGGCCGGAUCAGCAACUCCGGUGAUUGCCACUGCCUCCAUGGAUUCCAAUGACGAUGAGAAGAGUCGUGACCCAGAUCAGGAAGAAGAGCGCAGCGAGCCCGAAGAGCGUAACAGCGGGCGAUCACGUUCAGCCUCCAGCAGUCCUUCCCCAUCCUCAAACUGAGGACCUAUACAAUUUUCAUUUAAUUAUCAGUUUUAGUUUGUCCACUUACACGACCUUUAUGUGUAAAAUUUAUAUACAUUUAAUUUUUUUGUACUAUCAUUAAAACACAAAAAAGAAAAAAAAAUAGAGUGCCGCUCUAUCUUCGGUUGUUCCGAAGUUAUUAUACCCUUGCAAAAAAAACUCGUAGCGCAACGAAGCCGAUUAAUCUUCCGGGAUUGAUUAACAUAGAACAUAUCAGUUUUGCUAAUGCGAUCAGUUUAGCGGAAAGAUCAUAGGAGUUAUUCUAUGGAGUUAU